AUGACCACCGAGACGUUUUCGAAAGAGCUGGACGCUCACAUCGUGACCCUGUUAACGAGGAUCUCGUCGUUCAAAGAGAGCAACGCGGAACCGGUAGAAAAGAAAGCACCGAUGUCGAUAGAGGCUCGCAGUCUCGAGCUCUGGAGGGCCGUGGCCGUUGAGUGUUUCGCAACUUUCGUCUUCAGUCUCGUUGUAUCCGGCGCGGCUGCGUCUUCCGCGGUUUCCGGAAGCGGUCUCUCCGUCUUGGCAACCGCUGUCGCAUCCGGCUUCGCGAUCUCGGCGAUCUGCUUCAUCUUUGGUCACAUCAGUGGUGGCCACGUGAAUCCAGCUGUCUCCGUGUCUUUCGCUUUGUGUCGACGGGUCUCUCUCCUCCGAGCUGCUCUCUAUGUCGCCGCACAGUGCGGAGGUGGCAUAGCCGGUGCUGCGAUGCUGUACGGGGUGACCACGCCGUCCAACACGCAGACCUUAAGUUCCAUAGGCCGCCUCGGGGGCCCUAUCGAGAGGCUUCUGGUUGAACUGACACUCUCUGUGCUGAUAGUUCUGGCCCAUUUCACCUCCGAAUCCUCGAAAGCGUUGUCAACGUCAAUCUCAUCGAAACCAGCUGGCGUAUUAGCCGCAGCUUAUACAGCUGCCACUUUGGUUUCGAGCCCGUUUUUGAAUCCCGCUCGCGCGCUUGGGCCAGCGUUCGUCAGCAACCGUUGGGACAACCACUGGGUGUACUGGGUGGGUCCGCUGUCCGGUAGCGCGGUAGCGGCCCUUCUCCACGAGUACGUACUGAACCCAAAACGGUCCAGGGACCCGCGUGACAUGGACGACGGUGACAACUCGUCGAUGAGAUCCGACGAGGACACGUACGACGACUUGGACAAACCGACCGGUCCCAAAUUCCCGAGCGCGUACGCCACCUAUCGUCCGGUGGCCGGGGCGUCCUCCUCCAUUUACAGCGCCCCGCCGACAGCUCUGGAACGCGUCGAGUCUAUCUACGGGGGUACCAAGUCCCUCUACUGCAAGUCCCCGCCGCUGACCAGGGCGAAUUUAAAUCGCUCGCAAAGCGUGUACGCUAAGUCAACUUCCGGGGCGCGGGAUGGUCUGAUGAUCCCGAAACCGGGCCCACUGGUCCCCGCGCAGAGCCUCUACCCGAUCAGAAUAGGGCAAACCGGUUCGAGCUCGGGCGGCAGAGACAGCCAACAGCAAAACGGCUCGAACGGGCCGAGUCAAAGCUCGCAGAAUCACAACAGCACGAACCAGAAUAUGCAGAACCAGCUGCAACAGUGCACGCAGAGCAUUUACGGGAUCAGGGGGAUCUCGACGAGCCUCAGUAGCAGGGAGAACGGUGUCUACGGUAUGUCAGCGGGGACCAGCAUAUACGGUCGGGCCCCGGUCCCUCCCCCGGGUAGCCAGAAUCCUCAGCAAUCGGGUCCAAACGUCCAAUCCUCUGUUCAGACUCAUCAUCAGCAGCAACAGCAACAACAGCAGCAGCAGCAGCAGCAGCAACAACAACAACAGCAGCAGCAGCAACAGCAACAGCAACAACAGCAUCAGAACGGAACGAUAUCCACCAACUCGGACAACGCGGUGAAUUCUAGAAGGCCGGAGAGCAUGUACGGGCACAUUUCUAGACGCAGCGACGAUUCUGCGUACGGUAGUUAUCAAGGCUCGACGCGAGGUAAUUACGGAAAAGUACCUGGACCUCCUGGAUCAACCGGACCCUCUAAUGGGCCAUCUGGCCCUCCUCAGUAUCGCGAACAAGGAAGGCCCAGUCCAGCCGGGCCGUUGCAGCAGAACCAGCAAAGUACCUUCCAGAGGAAUUCACCGAAUCCUCAGUACUGACUAUAAAUCUCAUUGGACUUAAGUGAUCAUUUCCUUCUUUUUUUUUUCUCACAAGACUUGCUAAAUGAUCGAUUGAAUUGAUUAUUGGCAGCUUCUCAAGAGCGAUCCACGUGCAGUGAUCUUCUUGAAGGAACGAUGAUUAUUGUUGGACGUUAAUAGACUCGUACUGGACCAUUGAAAGGAACUGAAUGUGUGAUUGGAGAUUAAAGCACGUUGAGAAGAAGAGAUAUUGCAGUGCCAUCUUGUAGCGUGAUGAUGACAACAGCAAGAGAGAAUAUAGGAGAGUAGAAUAUAUCCUAGAAAUUGAUUACAGACUGUUUGUGUAGUUUUUGAAGUUACGUUGUAAUGUUCCAUAGAAAUUUGGAAUAGGCAAUGGUAUUUAUCGUUUGUCCUUAGGAAUGGAAUUAAUAUUGGUAUCCUUUGUCAUAAUUUAUCAAGAUCCGUCGUGACGAUUGUGAUUCUAUCGCACGAUGUGCAAGCUUCGCGCUUUACUCGACGUCGGGCAUUAGAUUGAUUUUUCAAUCAGGGAUCACUAUCGAUCGUUGCUCUGCUAUCUGGAAAGAUUCGAAGGCAAUGAACUUCAAUUUCUGAGCAGUUAGCUAUUAAACUCUUGUCUGGCUUUUGAAUCGAUCGACGAAGUAGACUGAUUGGAAUUUGAAUCAGUGUACCGUCGCGCAAGACUGAUCUCACAGAUACUUUUCUACAUGCGAUAUUAUAAAAAGACAAAAAAAAAAAAAAAAAAAAAUUC